UGUUGUUCCACCAUACGGGCUGGUUCUGUUGAAAAGUACACAGUAAUCCAGUGACGGUGGUCACCAUGGCGACAGCGAUAUAUCUCGAACAUUAUCUUGAUAGCAUUGAAAACCUGCCCUGUGAACUCCAGAGAAACUUCACACUCAUGCGAGAGCUUGACAACAGAUCGGAGGAAAAGAAAGGUGAAAUCGAUAAGCUUGCUGAAGAGUAUAUCACCAACAUCCGAAAUCUGGCCCCAGAUCAGAGAGUAGAGCACCUGCAGAAGAUUCAGAGCGGCUUCAGCAAAUGCAAAGAAUACAGUGAUGACAAAGUGCAACUUGCCAUGCAGACGUAUGAGAUGGUGGACAAACACAUCCGCAGACUCGAUGCUGAUCUCGCACGAUUUGAGAAUGAGUUGAAGGAAAAGUUAGACGUCAGCGGCUACGAAAGCCCAGACAACAGAAAGCCCAAGAAGUCAGGUGGUAGAGGAGGCCUGAAGGAAAAACGAGGCCCCAAAGGAAGAGGAAGAAAAUGUUCGGAUGACGACUCGCUUCGAAAAAAGAAAAUGAAAAGCAGCCCUGAGUUCUCUGAAGCCAUCCUUCCAGUUCACCCGUCAGACGUCUUGGACAUGCCAGUGGACCCCAAUGAACCCACAUACUGCCUCUGUCACCAAGUGUCAUAUGGAGAAAUGAUUGGAUGUGACAACCCUGAUUGUCCUAUCGAGUGGUUUCACUUCGCCUGUGUUGAUCUAACGACAAAACCCAAAGGGAAAUGGUUCUGUCCACGAUGCACCCAAGACCGAAAAAAAAAAUGAGAUGAACAUUUAUAUACGAAUAAACUUAUAUAUGUAUUGUGGUAAAAUAGGAUAAUAUAUACUCCUUUCUAUAUGGCCAUGACGAAAUAUUUGAGGGUCACUAGAAACAAAGCUUUUAUUUUUUGAAGUACUUGAAAUGUUUCCAUUUUGUCCGUUUAAGCUUCAUUCUGUCUUGUCAAAUUGUCUUUUUUCAUACAAUCUUGGAUAUAAUAUAUAUAUAUAUGUAUAUAUGUUAUAUAUUUUUCCUCUUAACAAUUGGUAUGUAGCUGUUUUAUACACUUUCAUUUACAAAGCUUCAAGCUUUCGCUCAUAAAACGUUUUUAGCAUGGCACGCCGUUUAGAGCUAAUCCGCAUAUUUGCUCAUAAUCUAGAGGAUUUACUUGGAACAAACGCGUUUGACUUGCUGAAUGCAGGCGAUGUACGAUUUGUAUUCAGCUGUAAACUUUAUUUUCUUGCACUCGUAGUAUAAUGUGACUACUUUUCGGGUGACCACCAUUUUAACUGUACUCGCAGAGUUUAAGCAAAGAGACACUUUGAAUUACAAAUGAGAUAUUUUAUUGUUCAGAGUCAUAUAAUUGCACAGGCAAAACCCUAAAAUCAUUGAACAGAACUCGUGGGACGUAAGUGCCAUCAUUUGGAUGCUUUUCCACUUGAGUUGGACAAUCGAACUCCAUUCCAGUUUGGGAUUGCCUUGUUCCCGAGAUCUUUUAUAGAACUCAGCGCAACCGUAAUUGAGACUACUGCUUUUCGAACUCCAGCGACACGAGUACAACAGUGUACAUGCUACUUCUUCUUGUGUUUUUUCCAUGUCUGAAUGUUUUAAACGAUCGAUUUUGGCAGUAUCUGCCAUCUCUUUUCUCCUGCAGCUUUGAUGCACUUUUUUAAUCGACCAGACUCGGCACUUAUGACCAGAAUGCUUUUUGAAUUUGCUGUGUAGUCCUGCACUUGUGAUACGACUCGUAGAGAAUGAGACACGAUUGCCAUUUUUUACUGCUAAUUGCGUUCAAGUUCGUAAAAAUGCGCAAACAUUUGUGAUGGCACAAAAAAUGUCAGAGGAUCUACCAAAGUGAUAUUAAGUAGUGUUAGCACUGUUUUAAGCUACACUGCUGUUGUAUUAUUUCUGUGACUCUAUAUGUGAUCCAUACAUAAAACAUGGAAUAUUGCAUUAUUAUAUUUCCAUGCGAAUGAUCAGUACUAUUGAAAAUCUUAAAAUUGUGUUAUAUCAUUAGUGGGUAGAAUCCACUAGGUUGAAAGUGUGAAAAUCAAGUAACGUUUUGUUUAUUUUUUUAUGUUUAACUAUCCAAGAAUCUAUGGACUAGAUGUUCCGUACAGCUUUUCGUAAAAACAAAUAAAUAUUUACCUUUAAAACGUCUUUGUUAUUUGAAAGGAAAUGUCAAGUGUUAUAUUGUUUUAAUGUGUAAAAUCAUUGAACCUCUGUUACGCAGGUCAGGACCAUGGAACCGCGAGGUCGUCUACUGCCCCUAGUGGCAGACCCCUUAUCCUACCCUAAGCGCCAUGGUGAUUUUGCUAAAAAAAUACGAAAAUGAAUACUCUUGUUGGCUAACAUUUGCCAACUAUCUAUAGUUGCCAACAUGAAUCUAAAGCAUUUUUUUCAUGUUUAAAUAUCGCGUGAUAUAUGGACUAGAUUUUCCGUACAGCUUUCCAUAAAACGUACAUGUUUGUUCAUGGACACGUGAGGCCUCCCUGCUGCCCCUAGUGGCAGACCACUUAUCCUACCCUAAGCGCCAAGAUACAUGAAUCGUAAGCAUUCAAUCAUGGAUUUUAGCAGAAAUAUAUAUAUUUUUUUAAAUCAGAUUUUUAAUACUAAGGUAUUCAUGCACAACGAGUCACGUGAUAAGAUGCGCGAAUUGACGGUCUCAGAAGCGGAGGCAACUGAGACUUGUCCUCCGCCAUCCAGAUUGAGAUGAGUAACCGCGCCACCACGAGGACCUACUACGUAGUGGGAAUUGGCCGUUCCAAAUUGGGAGAAAAGGGGAUAAUUAAAAAAAGUGGUUGGAUAAGUGGUCUGCCACUAGGGGCAGCAGGGAGGCCUCACAUGUCCAUGAUCUAGCCCUGGGACCAUAUGUUAUAGUAUUUCAAUAUAACCUUUUUAUUUUUAUUUUGCAUUAUUAUUAUACUUGCUUGUUUAUUUUUACAUUUAACUAUGCCUGGAUAUUUGGACUAGAUUU